GAGUAUAUAGACUCGGACCCCCGGGUCUCACGACUAUUGGGCCCGGACAGCGGCCCACAUACGCUCAGUAGAUAGCAUUUAUCUCAUUGUACACUCUAUUUUAUUCAUGUAUAUCCAUUAGAAUAGAUUAGAUACCAUUUAUUAGCCAUUUAUUGGCCUUUUAUUGUAACUGGGCCAGCCAGGCCCAAGCCUGGAAGCCCAGCCCUCUUUUCUCCUAUAAAUACUCCCUAUGGGAGCCAUGUAAGGGAGAGAAUUGAUUGGAAUUCAUUUAUACACAUCACUUUAUCUCUCUAGCUCUCCCUUCUCUCUAGAAUUAAUACUCUAUCAUUUGGUGCUUUCAUUGAGAGUUAGAAUAUAUCAAGUGAGAUCCUCCCAGCCAAUAAUGUUACAAAUAGAUGGAGGGUGUGGUGCCACAUCGGCCCCUUGGCUAAGGAGCAAUCUGACAUACUCAAUAUAAACAUUCAACACGCCCAACUACCGCUUCGGCCAAAUUGGGACUCCUGUCAUCCUGUGGCAACAUAGUGCACUGGACCACCUAAAGCCUCCAACUGUCCUUGGGUCAAAGUAAAGAAAACAUCAGAACUUCACACUUCGGCCUACGAAAGCAAAUGUGUGUCAGGUCACGGCCAAGAGAUCAGAAGCGUGAGUGGAGAUGGUCACUCCCAUCCACCAAGGUCACAGGUGCACCCUUCGUCUUUGUCCAAAACGGUAACCAGCCUGCUCCACCUCCCUUCGGCCAAACCUGGAGAGGAGGAAGGAAACUGCAGGGGUGCUCCACAUCCGCCAAACAAACAUCAGUGCCGUCCCUCGGCCAGUAUCACAUCGGCCGACGUAGGGGUGCUCCUACUGGCAUGCGGCACGCAUCGGCACACCGCAUCGGUCGGCACCGCUUCGGCCGGAGUCACAACGACCGGCACCACAUCGGCCAACACAUUUCGGCCGGCAUCCCCCGUCGGCUUGCAGCAAAUCGGCCACAUAACGGCCAAGCAAAGCUUCACUUUGUUCUGUCAGCAGAAAAAGAGUCACCUCGUCCAAGAGAUCACCUUCGUCCAGAACACCUCGUUGGCUUGCUCAAAUCAGCUGGCACCUCUUCGGCCAACACCGCUUCGUCCGGCACCGCUUCGGUCAACGCCACCUCGGCCGGCACCGCACCGGCCGGCACCGCACCGGCCGGCGACACCUAAUCAGCCGGCAACGCAUCGACCAUCACACUUCGGUCGGCAACGUCAUCGGCCAACACGCAUCGGCCAUCACACUUCGGCCACUCGAUUGAGCACAGCAAGGCCCCACCCCGACCAAGAAAAACAAAGCGGACAGGGCCCUUCGUCCAGUGAGCGGCAGAGGGUCUCACCUCGGCCAAACAUGAAGUAACAAAUGAAGGGAGCCCUCGUCCUGGGAGCAGCAGGGGUCUCACCUCGGCAAAUCCCCACAUCGGCUCAAACCGGUUCCCCUCGGCCAAGGGAAGUCCUCAACGCCCCUCGUCUACAAGUGUGCAGCAGUUCCACUUUAGCCAAACGCGAGCAGGGGUACCACGUAUCUUCCGCCCCUCGUCCUAGAAAGCACCGUGGGUUCACCUCGGCCAGAGUGAGCGACAAAAAAAGGGGGCGUAGACGAGGGCACCUUGGCAACCUCUCAUCGGAAGGCUGAGCCAACCUCUCAUCUUGGCAAAGCUUCAUCUCGGCCAACAGCAGGAACUCCGCUCCAGUCAAGGUCACAAACGACUGAAGUGGGACCUCCGGCCAAUCGGAAAAUCAGAGACACCACCGGCAAGGCUUCUGCCUCGUCCUAGAAGCAGCAACGGUCUCACCUCGGCCUAGCCUCAAUACGCGCCGGCCGGCGAGACCUCGGCGUCCGCGCCCGUAGGCUGUUCUAGCACCUCGGCGUCGAUCUGAGGCGCGAGCAACUGGAAAGCCUCGUCCCCUCAACUGCCUGGGGUAACAUCCUCGUCCUGCCUAUUUCACGCGGCCAGGUCGGAGGUCAGAAGCCUUUCCCUCGUCCGCUUAUGACCCGAUUCCUCCCCUGCGACUGGAACCUCAAGGCAGUCCUUCAAGCUUAAAUGAGCUCAUGGGCCAGCUGUUUAAUCUCCAGGGCUGGAUGAGCGGGCCCAAUCUUAUAUUUCCCUGCUUGAAUUCUAAGCAGGGCAGGCUUCGGCCCAAAUACAAGUAAGUCUCACAAACUUUUCCUCCUAUUUUAUGCAUUAAAUAUGGAGCAAAAUAGUUUUACCACUAUUCAAAAAAAAUAUAGUUUUACUACUAUUCCGAAAAAAUAGUUUUACUACUAUUCCAAAGAGAAAAAGAAAAAAAAAUAGUUUUACUAACUAUUCAAAAGAAAAACAAAAUAAUAAUAAUAAUUAUUAUUACUAUUAUUAUUAUCAUCACUGUUGCUAGCGGGUCAAAAUCUCCAAUUGGUACGGGCCAAGCCCUAACCUUCCGAACAUCUUUAUUUGAUGAUUCGGAUUAUAUUUGGGUCCCUUGACCUACCCCGGUCAUCUUUAUUUGAUGACCCGAAUAUCUAGAAUGAGAGCCAUCAUCGGCUGCACAUGACAUUAUGCCUAAAAGCGGUACGCCUCAUUCCCCUAGACGCUAAUUGCGUCAUCCAGAAGCCGUUGCAAUAAACAACGCACCCAAAGCCGUUGUAAUAAACAACGCACCUAAAGCCAUCGCAAUAAACGACGCACCCAAAGCCGUUGCAAUAAACAACGCACCUAAAGCCGUCGCAAUAAACGACGCACCCAAAGCCGUUGCAAUACACAACGCACCUAAGGCCGUUGCGAUCCACAACGCGCCUACAAAGCCGUUGCAAUAAACAACGCACCUAAAUAUCGUAUCGGCACAAGCGGUGAAACACCCAAAUCGGCCGGCGAUAUGCAGGACGAAGGACCUGUGUGCAUGGUCCAACCUCUUCAAACGGAGAAGCAUACCGCGUCGUCCGCGCGGAAACCGCAGGACGACAGGCCUGAAUUAAGGCUGAGGUUACAAAAACUCCACCCGUCAGUAAAAUUUCGCUCAGGACCACAAAGGGCGGCCGUCAAAAUACGAUGCCUAGUCCGGUCCCUCGUCGCCGAUAGACGUGGAAAGGCAAAAAGGGAUGCCACUGACACACCAAGCCGAGGGCGUAUUUACUCCCUCGCACUAACACACGCGAAAAGCGUAGCGGACAAAAUACCGCACAUGGACGAAGGGACAGUAACCCUUCGGCCAUCCAAAAAAAAAAAAAAAAAAAAGAGGGAAGCCGACGGACCGCGCACUUACCGGCCUCGAGCAAUAAAAAUAAAUAAAUUCCCCAAACUUAUUAUUCAUCUCAAGACCGGCUCCCAAUGCCGAAGCUCUUGCUCCAUCAGCUUAUGAACGGCCUCCCCAACGCCGUCAUACUUUUAUAUGACGAUCGGCUCAUCAUCGCCUCGUCAUCAUUAUCCGGAUCGGCUCAUCAUCAUCGCCAUCCGCACAUCACGACCGGCCUCCCAGCCUUGGCGUGAUUAUUUCUUCUCAGAGACCGGCUUAUCAUCGCCAAGUGUCCUGAGCUAGCGACAGGGCUCAUCAUCCCUUCCUGGAUGGUGACCGUCGCCUUUAUAUGACGAUCGGCUCAUCUCCGCCUCGUCAUCAUUAUUCGGAUUGGCUCAUCAUCAUCGCCAUCCGCACAUCACGACCGGCCUCCCAGCCUUGGCGUGAUUAUUUCUUCUCAAGACCGGCUUCUCAUCGCCAAGUGUCUUGAGUUGGCAAUCGGGCUCGCCGUCCCUUCCUGGAUGGUGACCGUUGCCUCUACAUGACGAUCGGCUCAUCUCCGACUCGUCAUCAUUAUUCGGAUCGGCUCAUCAUCGCCAUCCGCACAUCACGAUCGGCCCCCCGGCCUCGACGUGAUGAUCUAGCUCAAGACCGGCUCCCUCAGCGCCAAGUGUCUUGAUCUAGCGACUAGGCUUGCUAUUCCCUUCCGGGAUAGCAACCGUCGCCUCUACAUGACGAUCGGCUCAUCUCCGCCUCGUCAUCAUUAUUCGGAUCGGCUCAUCAUCAUCGCCAUCCGUUCUUCACGAUCGGCCCCUCGGCCAUGACGUGAUGCUAUAUCUCAAGACCGGCCUCCUUAGCGCCAAGUGUCUUGAGCUAGCGACCGGGCUCGCCAUUCCCCUCCUGGAUGGCGACUGUCGCUUCUACAUGACGAUAGGCUCAUCAUCGCCUCGUCAUCAUUAUUCGGAUCGGCUCAUCAUCAUCGCCAUCCGUUCUUCACGAUCGGCCCCUCGGCCACGACGUGAUGUUAUAUCUCAAGACCGGCCUCCUUAGCGCCAAGUGUCUUGAGCUAGCGACCGGGCUCGCCAUUCCCCUCCUGGAUGGCGACUGUCGCUUCUACAUGACGAUCGGCUCAUCAUCGCCUCGUCAUCAUUAUUCGGAUCGGCUCAUCAUCAUCGCCAUCCGUUCUUCACGAUCGGCCCCUCGGCCACGACGUGAUGCUAUAUCUCAAGACCGGCCUCCUUAGCGCCAAGUGUCUUGAGCUAGCGAUCGGGCUCGCCAUUCCCCUCCUGGAUGGCGACUGUCGCUUCUAUAUGACGAUCAGCUUCAUCAUUGCCUCGUCAUCAUUAUCCAGAUCGGCUCAUCAUCAUCGCCAUCUGCUCAUCACCACCGGGCCCCCCGCCUCAGCGUGAUGCUUUAUCUCGAGACCGGCUUCUCAUCGCCGAGUGUCUUGAGCUAGCGACCGGGCUUGCUAUUCCCUUCCAGGAUAGCAACCGUCGCCUCUAUGUGACGAUCGGCCUCAUCAUCGCCUCGUCAUCAUUAUUCGGAUCGGCUCAUCAUCAUCGCCAUCCGCACAUCACGACCGGCCUCCCAGCCUUGGCGUGAUUAUUUCUCCUCAGAGACCGGCUCCUCAUCGCCAAGUGUCCUGAGCUAGCGACUGGGCUUGCUAUUCCCUUCCGGGAUAGCAACCGUCGCCUCUACGUGACGAUCGGCUCAUCUCCGCCUCGUCAUCAUCAUUAUUCGGAUCGGCUCAUCAUCAUCGCCAUCCGAACAUCACGACCGGCCUCCCAGCCUUGGUGUGAUUAUUCCUUCUCAAGACCGGCUCCCUCAGCGCCGAGUGUCUUGAUCUAGCGAUUGGGCUUGCUAUUCCCUUCCGGGAUAGCAACCGUCGCCUCUACAUGGCGAUUGGCCUAUCAUUGCCUCGUCAUCAUACAUUGGACCGGCUUAUCAUAGUCGUCAUCCUCGCAUCGCGGCCGGCCUCUCGGCCAAGGCGCGGUACCCUAUAUCAAGACUGGUCUUAGCCAUUCCUUUACUGGGUGGCGACCAUUGCAUGGAUUUUUGGGUCGGCCCCUCAGUGCCGAUCAUGGCAGGCCCUUGGCCUCGACGUGAUCAUAUUCCCCAAGACCGGUCUCAGUCAUUCCUUCAUCGGAUGGCGACCGUUGCUUGGACGUUUGGCUCAGCCUCAUAGUGCUGACGACCGUCUCAACACCGGCUUUAUUAGCGCCAAGUGUGUUGAGCUAGCGAUCGGGCUCCCCAUCCCUUCCUGGAUGGUGACCGUCGCCUCUACAUGACGACCGGCUCAUCUCUGCCUCGUCAUCAUUAUUCGGAUCGGCUACCCAUUAUCGCCAUCCUUAUAUCACGAUCGCCGCCCCGGCCUCGGCGUGAUGAUCUAUCUCAACACCGGCUUCAUCAGCGCCGAGUGUGUUGAGCUAGCGAUCAGGCUCGCCAUCCCUUCCUGGAUGGUGACUAUCGCCCCUACAUGGCGACCGGCUUAUCAUCGCCUCGUCAUUGUUAUUUUGGAUCGGCUCCUUAUCACGGCCGUCCUCACAUCACGAUCGGCCCCUAGGCCACGAUGUGAUGUCCUAUCUCCGAGACCGGCCUCUCAUUGCCGAAUGUCUUCGGUUAGCGAUCGGGCUCGCCAUCCCCUCCUGGAUGGCGACCGUCGCCUCUAUAUGAUGAUCGGCUCAGCAUUGCCUCAUCAUUGUAUCAUCAGACAGGCGUCCCACGCCCCGUCCUCAUAUUCAGACAGGCGUCCAGCGCCUCGUCCUCAUAUUCAGACAGGCGUCUAACGCCUCGUCCUCAUAUUCAGACAGGCGUCCAACGCCUCGUCCUCAUAUUCAGACAGGCGCCCAGCGCCUCAUCCUCAUAUUCAGACAGGCGUCCAACGCCUCGUCCUCAUGUUCGGAUCUAGCAAACAUCUUGCGGUCUCCGGCUCAGAGACUAAAGGAUCUCAGAUCUCAUCUAUAGGCCCCUCGGCCACAUCUUGCUCUAGCAUCUUUAUUUGAUGACGAAGGGCUCUCAUACAGGCCCAUCAUCCAUAUAUCUUGCUCCGUCAUCUUUAUUUGAUGGCGAAGAGCUCAUCUACAGGCCCAUCGGCCAUAUACCGCUCUGUCAUCUUUAUUUGAUGACGAAGAGCUCAUCUACAGGCCCAUCGGCCAUAUAUUAUUCUGUCAUCUUUGUUUGAUGACGAAGAGCUCAUCUACAGGCCCAUCGGCCACAUAUCGUUCUGUCAUCUUUAUUUGAUGACGAGGAACUCAUCUAUAGGCCCCUGAGCCAUAUCUCGCCCCGUCGUCUUUAUUUGACGACAUGGAGCUCUUAUGCAGGCCCCUCGGCCAUACAUCGCCCCGUCGUCUUUAUUUGACGAUGUGGAGCUCUUAUCCAGGCCCCUCGGCCACACAUCGCCCCUUCGUCUUUAUUUGACGACGUGGAGCUCUCAUUUAUGCCUCUCGGCCACUACUCCCAGUCAUCUUUAUUUGAUGACGUGGAGCUCACAUCGGCCCAUCGGCCUCAUAUUCUGGUCAUCUUUAUUUGAUGAACCAGUCAUCAUAUUAUGGACGGUCGCUCGACCCAUCCCUUAGUCAUCUUUAUUUGAUGACUAGGACUACUGAUCAUGACGAGCUACCCACAUCUAUGGAUCGGCCUCUGCCAUCCCCUCGCUACAGCUCCACCUCUAGGCCGAAGGGCUCGCACCUUUUGUUUCGUUCUGGGGGCAUCCGAUGUACUCUUUUUCCCUCAUUAGGAUUUUUUCCCACAGGGUUUUUCCUAAUGAGGUUUUUAACGAGGCAUCUCCCCAUUGUGGAUCAAAAGGUGUCAACCCUCGGCCCCCUUUUGCAGACAUCAUCAGGCAUGCAUUACUCUACUCCUCUUCACCUCAUUACACUCGCCUCAAGGAGUGGGGGACUGGGAGAGCGGGGGACUUAGCGCCUUCACUACCAAAGAAGCAGAAAUUCAAAAUUUUUGCAAGGAUUGCCACUCGCACCGACGACAUCAUCAUAUCACAUACAUUUUCAGCUGCCACAUCGGCCAUCACAUAUACAUAGCUCCCCGGCCUUAAGACCGGUAGUGAUGGUCUCUAGCCUGCGACCUUCGGCUGAGGAUUCUCUCACAGGGUUGCCUCAGUCAGGGCUCGCCAAUGGGAUCGGAUCAUCGGCAUGGGAAUCCGGGCGAGGCGCUUCGGCGACGACAGCAGUUUACUCACCGGACGACGACAGAUCAGCACACAGUUCUACUCUCUUUCGCCUCGAGUACUCUCGACUCAGAGAGUGGGGGACUCCUGAUAGAGUAUAUAGACUCGGACCCCCGGGUCUCACGACUAUUGGGCCCGGACAGCGGCCCACAUACGCUCAGUAGAUAGCAUUUAUCUCAUUGUACACUCUAUUUUAUUCAUGUAUAUCCAUUAGAAUAGAUUAGAUACCAUUUAUUAGCCAUUUAUUGGCCUUUUAUUGUAACUGGGCCAGCCAGGCCCAAGCCUGGAAGCCCAGCCCUCUUUUCUCCUAUAAAUACUCCCUAUGAGAGCCAUGUAAGGGAGAGAAUUGAUUGGAAUUCAUUUAUACACAUCACUUUAUCUCUCUAGC